AUGGGUGGAAUAUAUGGCGUAUUCGUGUGCCUUACAUACCCCGGACUAGGAAAGCCAGCCGAUGCGGAACUAGCGCAGGGAAAGCUCGCUGCGAACCUCGCGCUCAAGUACCAAGUGCGGCACUUAAUCUACUCCUCCUCGGAGUUAGCACCGGAAUCCAAAGAUAACCCGGCAAAGAUGAUGAUCGAGGCGCAUGUCAAGGAGCUUGGGGCUCAGCACGACGAGUUCAAGUGGACGAUCCUCCGGCCUGCGUUUUUUUACGAGAACUUUGACGGCCUGCUGGGAUCAGUGAGCGAGUGCUUGUUCGAGAGUAGCAUGGACAAGGGGACGAAGAUCCAGAUGGUCGGGGGAGAGGACAUUGGACGUGUCGCCGGCGCGGUGUUCGAGGCAGGGCAGGAAUAUCACGGAGCGACGAUCACGGUUUGUGGGGACUGCUUGACCUCGAAGGAGGUGAAUGCCGUUCAUAAGAAGGUCAUGGGUAGGCCGUUGACCCGGAUCCCGGGGUUCGUAGGUAGCGUGUUGCGUGGUUCGUCUUUCCGUUCCUGGAGUAGGUGUAGAGCAGCUGAUGCAAGCCAGGGAUGA